UUCCAUGUUAAUUUUCACAUCAUCUUGUGUCCUAAAUAAACAUGACUCAUUUGCAUCAAAACCUACCCUUCUCAUUUCUACUAAUAUUUUCCUUAACAACAUUGGUUUCUUCACAUAGUAGGCCUUAUUCACCUCCAAGUGUCACACACAUAACCAAUUCUUUUCCUCAUGUCACAAUUGAAAGUGCUUUUUCUAAUGCUUUUGGAGCCUCAAAUGUCAAGUUUCUUAGUAAUGGGUCCAUGGCCACCCUAGCUCUUGACAAAAUUUCAGGCUCUGGCUUGGUAUCCCAAAGUAGAUACUCAUAUGGAUUCUUUAGUGCUGCAAUCAAAUUACCUGCUGGUUUGUCACCUGGCGUUGUAGUUGCUUUUUAUUUGUCAAAUGCAGAUAAAUUUCCUCACAACCAUGAUGAGAUAGAUAUUGAACUACUUGGUCAUGACAAGAGAAAUGAUUGGGUUAUUCAAACAAAUAUCUAUGCCAAUGGAAGUGUCAGAACAGGAAGAGAAGAGAAAUUCUAUCUCUGGUUUGAUCCAACACAGCAGCACCAUUAUUAUAGCAUCUUGUGGAACAGUUAUCACACAGUAUUCUUUGUUGACAAUAUUCCAGUGAGAGAAUUCAUACACAAAAACACACCCUCUUUUAUUUAUCCAUUGAAACCAAUGUCAUUAUAUGCAACAAUAUGGGAUGGUUCAGAAUGGGCUACACAUGGAGGAAAAUACCCUGUGAACUAUAAAUAUGGACCAUUUGUUGUUUCACUUGCUGAAAUGGAAUUAAGUGGUUGCAUAAAUGAUCCAAAAUCACCAAUUUCUUCAUGUUCUAAGUCCAACCCUUCAGGACUAGACCCUGUUGAUGGAGCAGAGUUUACUAAGCUAUCACAACAACAGAUAGGAGCUAUGGAUUGGGCAAGAAGAAAACUCAUGUUUUAUUCUUAUUGUAAUGAUAGAACUAGAUACAAAGUUUUACCACCAGAAUGUCAAUGAAUUAUUGAAGGAAAAAAAAUUAAAUUGAGAAAAGGUAAGAACAAGGAAUUCUUCAAAAAUAAUUAUUUAUUAAUUAUCAUGAAGGAAGAAAGAGUCUAUAAUCUUUUUGAGGAAUUCCUUUUUCUUAUCUUUUAUAUUAUAUUUUUUUAUUUAAAUUAUUUAUUUAUGUAAUAUGGAAGUUACAUUUUAGACUUAAGGGGGGAAUAUUGAUAUAUACAUAUAUAAAAGUUCAAUUCUUUAACUUAACAAUUUGCAUUGAAGAGACAGAAAGGGGAAUGUGGACAGAUCAAUAUAAUGUAUUUUUAUGUAUUUAUACAAGUUGAUAUUCCUAAACAGGCAAAUGCUAAUUAUCA